CGUACAUCGACAACAGCCCCAAGCUGCCACACCUUCCAACCCGUACCUGAAUGUACCUGACCACACAAACAAGGGUGGCGACAAUACACGACAUGAAAGGCGUGUUAUCAGUCGAAGUUGACAGGCGAGCCGUCAACCGCAUACCGACUUGCAGACGGCUCUGACCUCCUUUUCGGGUCCUCCAGCAGCAUGGCUGUGAAUGCACUAGCUGUUGUGAGCUGUGCGCUUUGUCGUCUAUGUCUCCGGAAGAAGCCGAUCGUGUUUGUGCCGAACAGCGCGAAUAGCCGCUGCCGUUUGCCUAUCAUCCUUUUAUCAACGUCGCUAUACGCGCUGGAAUGCAGUCUAGCAUUUCACCGCUCUAGUGGCGGGCGUGUGGAAUCAAAUGCAAGGGAAUGCCUCAUCCUUAGAGUCGUGCGAUAGAGGACACGCUACCCCGCAAUGUCUGUUUCCAUUC